CGUUUCAACCACCCCUUUUUAAUGGUUUCUUCCUAUGGCUAUAUAUUCGGUGCAAUGCCAUAAUCUGUCCGGUGCUGCUUUCGGUUGCUAAGGAGACGCGGUGGGCAGUUGAGGUGAACAUAAUGAUGAUCGUUUCUCAGUGAGAUUGGAAGGGUCUGUCUGGCCGGUUGCGGUGCGGAGGGGACGUCACAUACCUCGCCAGGAGUCUGACAGCCUGGCAAACACCCCCUUCCUCCGCGAGCCGCCAUGGUGACGCUCAUCACAGAGCAGCUCCGCAAACAGAAUCUGGAGGAGCCCCCUUACCACAGGGCUUUCUCUCUCAACGUGUCAUUGCCUGAAGUGGGUUCCAGCCCCACUGUGUGUUGGCGCGGGUGUGGGUUGACUCCAGAGAGCAGUUGGUCUAUGUUCCCAUCCUCCAAGACCCACCUGCAGGAUGCCUCUGUCCUGUCCUCCCUGGACCCACUGGGAACACCUUUCACUCUCCCCAGCACCUCUGUGACAGACCUGUCCCUGCAGAGCUCUCCUCCUCCGCCGCCACCUCCUCCCAAACGCCACUGUCGCUCCCUGUCUGUCCCUGAGGACCUGUCCCACUGCCGCAGCCCCUGGCGCCCCAGCGCCUCCAAGAUCUGGACCCCAGUCAAGCGCCGCUGCCACAGUGGAGGGGGUGUGGCCUGCAUGGGCGUUGGCUCCUUGGUUGGUUCCAUACCCCUCCGAGGCCCCAGCUCCUCCCUCACCUCCUCCCUACACUCCUCCUCCAGCCCCACUUUCUUCAGCCUGGCCAUGUCCCCUGACUCUCCUCUCCCCUGGGGCUGCCCCUGGGACCAUAAUGAUCUGCCCAGGGGAGGCUGCACUGGCUUCUUCCCCGCCCCCUCCUCCUGCUCCUCCUCCCCCGCCUCGCUGGGUUCCUGUCGGCCCUUGCUGCAACGCCGCUUCUCUCUGUCCCCUGUGCACGUCCUGCCUCCCCAGCCCUCUCCUGCUCCCGGGCUAGUCCCACGCUACCCUUCGAUGGAGCCCCCGGCCCCCUCUCCCUCCUCAGCCUGCAGUUCCCCAUCAUCCUCGAGGCGCGACCUACCCCCCUGUCUCCCACGCUGCCACUCUCAGCCCUGUGACCUGCGUAAGCCCGGCCUGAAGAGACGCCAUGAUGCGGACACCCUGCCCUACUACGUCAGGCCUGGCCUGGACUUCAGCAAGAUGACUCCGGUGAGCUUGACCAGAGUUUUUGUGGGGAACUUGGGCUCAUUAGCCAGGAGAAGUGGGGCCACUGGUUCUCUGACUCCCCCUCAUGAGCCAGAACUACUGCAUUCACAUUCCUGUCCCAGCCAGACCGGACCAGUCUGGAUUUGGGUUCAGGGUGCGGCAUUGUUGAUUCGUAGUGGGGAGCCCCUGGUGUGUGGAGCGGCUGUCUACAUGGGGCUAGAGCCUGUUCCAGGGGACUUCAGAGGAGCCUUCUCCCCUGCAGACCUGGGAAGAACCAGCAUUGGACCGUUGAGUGAAAGUGAGGAAGAGGAGAACAUAAAUAUGGGUGCGCAAGAGGCAGGGCAGCAGAGUGUGUUUGAGAGAGACUGCACAGAACUAGACUUGAACCUUAUUGAGGAGAAUUGAAAGUUUCUUGGUGCUCCGUGUGUGAUUGACAGCAUUCAUCGUCAUAUUUACAUUACACCCCCCCCCCCGGCCGAGCCCACGGGAACCUGCUGCCUUCAAAGGGGCCACAUUAGGUGCCCUUCAUAUCACUGGCUGACUAUAGAUUAAUAAGGCUCAAUUUUACCAUUAGUGUAAUGCCAGAGCAACUUUGACAAGCUCACGAUAUUCAGCAUUUCAGGACAACGAUGUUCUGCCUGUCCAUACUCUGUGGGUAAAUGUGUCUACCCAGAAACGCAAUGGAGAUGGCUAAGACAUGAUGAUUUCUGAAGGUCAUACUGUAAUAGCCGCUUUCUGAUAAUCUGGGUAGUAACGCGCUACCACUACUAUAAUUAUAAAAAUUAUGCAGUUUGCUUGCGAUGGACACCUGUCGGCAGGAUACAUUCCUGAACGUAUGGCCAGUUGAGUUGCCAAAGGCCCCCUGAAAAGCCUUCACAUCGGCUUUCAUGGGUGUAGGCCGAACGCUCUGAAGUGUUUGAUUUGGCCCAGUGGAAUACCCACACACACCUGUAAAGGGAAUCUAGGAGGGACCCAUGUGCUUUCCUUAUAGCUGGCAAAUUUAUAUUUUGCUGCUUCUGUUUCCCUUACUACUUAGACAAUGCAUUAAUUUGUUUUCCACAAUUGGCUGAAUUAAAUAUUGUACAUUAAUCAUGUACAAAGCAGGUGUUUCUGCUUGAAUGGUUUUUGUUCAUAACAUCCAGAUGUUUUCUUCUUGGUCUCAUAGAAAUGGAACCUUUAGUCUGUCCAUUCUGAUUCAGUUCCCCACUAAUGAACAGAUUACACUUGCACUGUAAUAGGAUUUGAAUAAUUGACUCGACGCUGCAGUUGGAUCCUUUAGGGCGUAAUGUACUGUACAGUGGUCAUCUGUGGAAACCAUUUUGUAUGAGUGGAUGACUGUUUAGACGGGUAGCUCAAUUCUGAUUUUCAUUUAAUAUAUAUAUAUUCAUAGUUUUUUUUGACCAAUCAGAUGUUUUCACAGCAAUCUUUUUCAGAGCUGAUUUGAUUGGUCAAAAUAACAAUUAGUGAAGAAAAAAAAUAUCAAUUUGGCUGCCUGUCCAAACGCAGCAUUAUAGUGUGUGAGAAGGAACCAGUAGAGAUGCAGAGGAUUGGUGGCCUUUCGCGAGAUUAUUUUUAUUGUAUGUUUUCAGAUGGAAAUGUCUAUUUACACUUUGUGUACAAAUAAAGUUUAUUAGAGAAUAAUUUUGCAAAAAAA